AGAGCCCAUAGCACGCGCACGCCAAAUCUAGUGCAUUUAGGGACUCCAAGUCAAAGAUGGGGAGUAGUGCAUCGGGAGGUGGAGGAUUUGGAACACGAAUAGCUGGAGACGCUUUGUUGCAGCAUCAUCCAACCCGAUCUCGGGUGUCAGGAGGAGCGCCUAGAAGUGUGGGUCCUCUUGCCCAAAAUUCUUGUGAAGUACACGAGCAGCACUUUUUCCUGGAAAAGCUAUUUUCCUUUGCAGGGCUUCACGGGCCGAAUCCCAAAGGUGCAGUGGUGAACUCACAUGCAAGACUAGGACCUCCACCCUCAUCCACGGUCUUCUUUGCCGCCGAGUACGACGACCCCAUCGUCCAGGCCCCGACCGCGUACUCCGGCUCCGAGGCCGAGGAGAAACUGCCGGACGACUAUUUCUCCAGCGAAAUGUUGGACGAGUUUUCGACGAAAAACGAGGAAAAUUACGUGGAGAAGUACAGCUCGCUCGAGAAAAGCCCCGUCCUGGGCUGGGAGCGCGGAGAAGAAACACCGGUGCCGGAGGCUUUCCUAUCAAAAUCAAAAUCACACAAGUAGAUGAGUUACAAGUUGUAUAAGGGUCGUGCUGCCCCCGCGGCUUUUUUUUUUUCCCCGACAUGCUUAGUGGUGGACCUGCAGACCCCACUGCACGGGCAAACAAAACUAACAUACCGAGCAGAUGCCAGAAGUGAAGCAGAACAGUGGGGCGGCGUCUUUUUUAUAGUAAUGCCAUUGAAAAUGGGCUCAUGGUCAUGCUCGCGACCCUGGUAGAGCACUUUGCACGAAAAAGAUGAGAGCUUUGACUUCAUCAGGCAAAAAUAUCGCUACUUCUUGUCACACAUCAAUUACGCCCGCCUUCAUUUUCCAUACUCUGAGGAUGAGAUCGACAAGUUCGAGGAGAACAGCUACUACGCCGUUCUCCCCCACGCCCGCAAUCGGGAAGACGGUCCGGGCCUGUUUCCGCUUUUCAGUAAACUCAACGGCACGGGAAGACUCCAGAUCCACAACCCUGACUUUGACAAAGCCAAGCACCAAGCCGAAUUACGGGACGAAAUGCGGCCGGAAGGGGGUACCGCCGGCCCGAUCCACAAGCCGUUCAACGCCCAGAACUUGAUUUUCCAGUUCAUCAAGCGGCACUACAUUCAGGACGGGGAGGACGGGUGCGAACCCGUGCCCGGGGAGGACGGGUGUUACGUUGCGGAAAUCCGCCCGGUGGCGAAAAUCGACUGGAAAGAUGUGGACCACGAGGAAAUCAAAAAUUUUGACCAUGCGGCAGAACACGACGAGAAAGGUUCUGAAGACACGACCGGAGGAGCAAAGCCAGGAGAGCAUCACGAUGUUGACGAGGACGGCGAGCCGGUGGACGAAAACCAGAAAGACUUUGAAGUGACACAGAAACCUGCUGAAGACAAUAAAGUCGAAGGGGAGGAUCAACAAACACCAAAUGAUGACUCUUCAGCAGCUGCGAACGAUGGCGAAAACGACGAGAAUCUGGCGGAACAACAGGAAGAACAGGCUAUAAAGGAGAGCAAGGACCCGAACUCCCUUUACCACCUCAACGAGGAACAACCGCCGUCGGAAGAGGUCGAACACGAGGAGAAGUACGAUUUCAGCCGGAUGCACUUUGCGCACAUUCCGCAGUGCGACACGCUGCAUCCGGAGACGGAGCGGGAGAGCAAAGUGCCCUGUUUCCGCAUGCUGCCGGAGCUGCCGGUGGACGAGAACAAGGGGGAGGCGUCCACGGCGUUUAUCCCUAUGCGAACCACGUGGAACGACAAGAAAUUUCGCACCGUCGACAACCCUUCCGGGGAGAAAACCACCAUCACCAUCGACCCGCUGCGCACGUUCGCGAUUGACGCGCAGAAGGCGCGAGACCGCGAAAGCGCCCACGAGGAGCACAACCGGGAGGAGGAGCUGCAGGAAGAUGCCAAGUGGCUCGAAAACCAGCAGAAAGUGGCCAAGGCGAAGGCCGCCAAGGAGAAAGCCAUGACCGAGGAAAAGGUUGCGGAGGAUGAAUUGAAGAAAGCGAAGGAGGAGGACCGGCAGAAGGCGCAGAACGAAGUGGAGCAAGCGGAAAUCAAGGCCAGUAAAGCAGCGCAAGCCGCGGCGGACAUGGCGGAACGGUUCGGGGAUGACGACCACAUGUCUUUAAACACCUCCAUGAACGGCGAAGGACCGCCCAUGUGGGUCUACGUGCCUAUCGGCGAGCCGAUUAAGGGACACUUUCCGAGGGGAGUGUCCGGUGAUCCCACGAUGUUUUUGUAGACCACAACAUGACCACAUUUUGAUAGCUUUAGUCGUCGUGAAGGAGAAGAGCAAGAAGAACAAAGAGCUUGAU